AUGGCAGCGUUGCACAAGGCAGCAGAAGCAUUCGAGGUUAAGUAUCCAGAAGCGGCAGAGCGAAUUAAACGACACACUUACGUUGACGAUCCAACAUCUGGCGCGGACUCUGUGGAGAAGGCUAAGCGAAUAAUCAAGCAAAUCAACGAGAUACUUGGUGCGGCAGGUUUUACUCUCCGCAAAUGGAGUUCAAACUCAGCUGAAGUAUUAGAGUCUCUAUCAGACAUCAACAACAACUCGAUGGCGAUACAAUUCCCGGAUGAACGAAACACCGUGAAAGCCCUUGGGACGCAUUGGGUUCCAGGAGAAGAUGUCUUUACAUUUAAGGUGACUAUGGCAAACGACGGACCGAACACAAAACAUCAACUGCUAUCGGAUUCUGCCAAACUGUUCGACCCAUUCGGAUGGUUUGCACCAGUGAUAGUACGAGUCAAAAUUCUCUACCAAAGGUGUUGGCUCUACGACCUUAACUGGCAUGACGCAUUACCUCCUGUCAUCGAGGAGGCAUGGAUGGAAGUGAAAGAAAACCUACAUCAGCUGGAGCAAAUCAAGAUACCAAGAUGGGCGGCAAACUACAACGGCCGCAUUGAACUACACGGGUUUUCUGACGCUUCAGAGGAGGCGUAUGCUGCUGUGAUAUACUUGAGGUCAGUGGACAGCAACGGCGAGAUCAAUGUUACUCUACUGGCUGCGAAGACGAAGGUCGCUCCAGUUCGUCAAGUUUCAAUACCGCGUCUGGAACUGAAUGCAGCUGAAUUGUUGGCAAAACUGAUGAAGCACGUAGCAGAACCUUUCAAAAGAUUCCACAUCGAGCAAUAUGCCUGGACUGAUUCCACCAUUGUACUGCAGUGGUUAUCCGAUCACCCCCGCAAGUGGAAUACGUACAUAGCCAAUAGAACUUCUUCGAUUUUAGACAUCUUGCCUAGGAAGCACUGGGCGCACGUCUCAUCAAAGGAUAAUCCAGCAGACUGUGCUUCUCGAGGCAUUUCUCCGCAAGAGCUUGUCAGCCAUCCGAUCUGGUGGACAGGUCCCGCAUGGUUGUAUGCCGCUUCGUCUAACUGGGGUCGAGACAUGCCACACGACACAUACGACGAGGAAACACUGGAGGUAAGAAAGCGUUUCCAAUCUCUCAAUGUUACGGUUAGUUUUCCAGCAUCGAAUAAUGUCAUCGAAAGAGAAAUCCUGGAGAAAAGAUCCGAUCUUACCACGGCAUGCUGGCAGCUCGCCCGUGUGAAUAGAUUCGUAUCCAAUAUGAAGAGUUUGAUUGGCGACACCAACAAAGUCACCGGUCCCAUAUUGCCAUCGGAGCUGCAUCGAGCUCGAAUGAAUUUCGUUCGACUAGCGCAGCAGGAGUUAUACGAAGGAGAAAUUAAAGCACUGAUUCGUGGGGAUGAAGUUCCUGCCAAAUCCAGCAUUUCGAGCUUGUACCCGUUUCUGGACGGCAUCGGCAUACUUAGAGUUGGGGGACGAUUGCAGCAUUCGAUGUAUUCCUACGAUAUCAAACAUCCGAUAAUCCUAUCGAAAGAGCACCGUUUCACAAAACUAUUGGUAGAGGAAAUCCACGUCAACAACUGUCAUGCUGGGCCAACUUUGAUCACAGCAACCAUCAAUCAACGAUACUGGAUCCAAGGAUGUCAAACAGCCAUCAAGCGAGUAAUUCGGAAGUGCAUGACGUGCUGUCGUCAGAAGGCGCAAGCUGCCAAGCAGCUUAUGGGAAGUCUGCCAGCGUCUCGAGUAACAGCGUGUCGACCUUUCGCCCAUGUUGGGGUGGAUUAUGCUGGCCCAAUAAUGGUGCGCUGCAGUAACACGCGAGGAGCACGAUGUAUGAAGGGAUAUAUCGUCGUUUUUGUUUGCCUUUCAAGAGCCUUUAAGAGAAUGAUUGCGCGCCGUGGAUACUGCAGUGAAAUAUGGUCGGAUAAUGGCACUAACCUGGUUGGAGCAGAUCGACAAUUGCAGGAAGUAUAUGAAAUGGUGACAAAGCACGCCAAGCAAAAGGAGCACUUCUUCGCAAAUUUAGGAAUCCGUUGGCGAUUUAUACCACCAGCAAGCCCGCACCAGGGUGACAUUUGGGAGGCUGUGGUGAAAAGCGCCAAAGAAUUGCUACGACCAAUCGUUGGUAAUGAGAAGCUGACAUACGAAGAACUGUCUACGGUAUUAUGUAAAGUGGAAGCCUGCCUUAAUUCGAGACCCCUCGGCUCUAUGUCGUCAUGCCCUGACAGAUUCGAGGCGCUCACGCCGGGCCAUUUUUUGGUUGGCCAACCUCUUAAUUCGUUGCCUGAACCAGACGUCACCCAUCUCAGGAUGAAUAUGCUCGAUCGGUGGCAGCGAGUUCAACGAUACACGCAGGACUUCUGGCAGCGCUGGCGAGAUGAGUACAUCGCUACACUGCAGCCCAGAGGGAAGUGGAAAACCAAGGAACAGAAUUUGAAUCCUGGACAACUCGUUCUCGUUAAAAACGAUAAUUGUCCGCCGUCAGCAUGGGAGCUGGCUCGCAUUGUCGCUGUACAUCCAGAUCAACAAGGAUUAGUUCGCAACGUCACGCUGCGCAGAGGCAAGUCGGAAUAUCAGCGCUCUGUCCAGAAGUUAUGUCCGCUUCCUGUUUGA